AUGGACUCGGCGAUUCAGUCGCUUCCGUUUGAUACAAGUGUUGGCGGACAACGGCGAGUACCAUGGAGUUCUCUAUGGGACCGAUCUUCCCUGCUCCAUGGGCGGUUUGUCGAUACCGUCACUCAGAUUGGUGGACCCGACAAAUCAACACCUAAAACUGUUAUGGGAACGAUGAGGCUGAAGUGUCUAACUAUCUGCCAAUUUAAAUCACAUUUUCAGAGUGCCUUGAGUCAGGAUACAGGUUCAUCUUCAACACCUUUCAUUGAGAAUGGUGUAAUGGCAGCUCCAAAUGAGAGGAUAGAGGCAAAAGGGAAGUACCUAAAGGCGAUUCUUGAGAAGGCUCUAGAUGAGAAAACAACCUCAUUUUUCUGGGCUAGAGGCCUCAAAGAGAAGAGCUCUCAAUCGGGUGUCAAGGAACAAACGGUCAUGUUCGAGACAACCCAAGAUGGCGAUGCCAUCUUUGUCUGA